AUGGAUGGGAAGAAAUGCAGCGUGUGGAUGUUUUUACCUCUUGUGUUCACCCUGUUCACUUCAGCUGGGUUAUGGAUCGUAUAUUUUAUAGCUGUGGAAGAUAACAAAAUUAUUCCAUUAAACGUGCCAGAUCGGAAACCUGGUUCCAAAAGUCCCCCUUACAUAAGUAUUGCAGGUGAUGCACCCCCUGCAAGCUGUGUAUUUAGCCAAGUCAUGAACAUGGCAGCAUUUCUAGCACUUGUCGUUGCCGUUCUCCGCUUUAUACAGCUGAAGCCAAAGGUGCUAAACCCCUGGCUGAAUGUCAGCGGACUGGUUGCGUUAUGCUUGACCUCGUUUGGAAUGACCUUACUUGGCAACUUUCAGCUCUCCAGCGAUGAAGAAAUUCAUAAUGUCGGCACCUCCCUGACGUUUGGUUUUGGGACCCUGGCCUGCUGGAUUCAGGCUGCCUUGACACUCAAAAUAAACCUAAAGAAUGAAGGAAGAAAAGCUGGGAUUCCAAGAGUUGUCUUGUCAGCCACUAUAACCCUGUGUGUGGUCCUUUACUUCAUCCUGAUGGCACAGGGGAUCCAUAUGCAUGCAGCCAGGAUCCAGUGGGGCUUGGUGAUGUGCUUCCUCUGCUACUUCGGCACCUUUGCUGUGGAGUUCAGACACUACAGAUUUGAGAUCAUUUGCUCCGAGUACCAGGAAAACUUUCUGAGCUUUUCCGAAAGCCCGUCUGAAGCCUCCGAGUAUCAAACAGAUCAGGUGUAG